UGGUAUACUACAUUCAGACCGAUGAUUUUUACAAUGAUCUGGUGAAUAAUGCUAACUUGCUCGAUCGAAUGGACACGUCAAAUCUACCCCAGGACCAUCCGUGCUACAUUGCAGAGAGAAAAAAGAUUCCCGGGCUAUUUUCUGAUGAAACAGAUGGGUGCAUUAUAAGAGAAUUUAUAGCCCUUCGAGCAAAGUCCUAUGCAUACAUUUUGGAUGACGAAGAAAAAAUCAAAGCGAAAGGCAUCCGAGGUCAUGUUAUUAAAAAUCACAUGACAUUUGAAAAUCAUAAAAAGUGUUUAUUCGGUGACACUGACUUGGAUUUCUACCAUCAAAAUUUCUCCAUUCGAUCAUUCAAACACCAACUUAAUACUAUAAAAAUGAACAAAUUGACAUACAACAGUUUUGAUGACAAGAGGGUUAUCAUGGAAGACAUAGUGCAUACUUUAGCUCAUGGACAUUACUCCACUAAGUAAGAUUAAAAACAAUUUCUUAAAUUUUUAUACUUAUAAUAUUUUUAAUUUUAUAGGGAAGAUGAUUGGACUGAAUCUGAUUUUGACGUAGAAGCUGGG